GGGGGUAUUGUGAUAUUUCUGUCACGCUCCAUGUGACACUGUUUGACUACAUUACAUAAUUCCUGUUAUGGACUUAUUUUUAGGUAUCAUAAAAAGUCUUAUCGCUGUAGCAGCGCUAGCUUGUAUCCCUCAGAUAUCCAUGACUGUCCCUCCUCUAGUCGUAUUUGGGCCUUCGGGAGUAGGCAAGGGCACUCUAAUCAAUCGUCUCAUUAAAGAAUUUCCAAACUCUUUUGGAUUUAGUGUCUCGCAUACUACCCGCGCUCCACGUCCUGGUGAGAUAGAUGGCAAAGCAUACCACUUUACCACAGCCGAUAACUUCAAGAACCUCAUAUCUGAGGCCGCUUUUAUCGAGCAUGCCCAGUUUUCGGGCAAUUUCUAUGGGACGUCCAUUCAAGCUGUGCAAGACGUUGCGGCAACAGGCAAGCGGUGUAUUCUCGACAUCGAAGUUCAGGGCGUCCAACAGAUCAAGCAAACGCCCCUCCACGCCACAGUCGUCUUCGUCUCCCCACCCUCCAUGACCGUGCUAAAUAACCGCUUGCGUGGUCGCGCCACAGAUUCUGAAGAUGCCAUCCGACGUCGUCUUGCAAUCGCACGUAGAGAGAUCGACUACGCUCGUCAACCUGGCUCGGUCGACUACGUCAUCGUUAAUGAUGAUCUUGAUACAGCAUAUCAAAAGUUAAAGAGAAUUGCAAACGGAGAGUCGGAUGCGAGUGGGGAUCAGAUGCCUCCCUUGGAUGAUUAGAUUUUUCUAUUUAUACCCAAAACAUUAAUAUUUGGGCUCAUCAAUAUUUACAUCAUCCCCGUACUAGCUACAUAUAUAUAGAUCGGUCCUGUUGGAAUGGGACGAGUUUGCAGAUGUGCCUGGAGUACAUAGCCCCCUCCGCAGCAUCCCGUUUAAUGCCGCUAGUCUAUGGUACGGAACU